GUAGCCUUCAUAUUCGUUUGGAACGAUAAUCAAGUUUGUUUAUUGCCGGACUUCUGACAUGGAACUCGGGUUGUAUCUAAUUUUAUUAAUUCCGUUGUUUCUGGGAUUUGUUGGGGUAUUAUGGUUGAGACAGAAGAAGAAAAAGAAGAGUGUGUGUAUUGUUGUACUUGGGGAUGUGGGAAGAAGCCCCAGGAUGCAGUAUCAUGGGAUUUCGUUUUUGAAGGAGGGAUUCGAUGUUGAAAUCGUGGGUUAUCCCGGAUCGCAACCACUGGAGGAUCUCCAGAGGCAUGAGAAUGUCAGGAUUACAUAUCUGGAGCCGGUGCCAGAAUGGAACGAUCGUUUACCCAAAUUAUUAUCAUACGUAUUCAAAACCAUUUGGCAAAGUGCAACACUGAGCUUCGAGCUCUUCAGGAAUACCCGCUCGAGAUACCUUUUGCUUCAAAAUCCUCCGGCUAUCCCAACGAUUCCGAUUUGUUGGCUAUUCUGUCGAUUGAGUACCACUCAGUUCAUCAUUGAUUGGCAUAAUUAUGCGUACACGAUAAUGGCAUUGUCAAUUGGGCGUGAGAAUUUCCUUGUGAAGACAACGAUGUUUAUCGAGCGAUAUUUUGGGGCUAAGGCUGAUCAGAAUUUUUGUGUAACAAAUGCCAUGAAAGAAGAUUUACAACAGCAGUGGAAAAUUAAAGCUCAAGUUUUAUACGAUCGACCCCCUCAGGAAUUCAAGCCAAUUGAAUUAUCGGAGAAACAUAACUUAUUGGUGAAGUUGAGUCAAAAGUAUGACCAGUUCAAGGGAACAGAGGAAGGUAAAACAAUUUUAACUGAAAUGAUGCCUCAUGGCGAGAUCAAGUUGAAGAGGAAGAGACCGGCGUUCAUUGUUUCGAGCACCAGUUGGACUGAGGAUGAGGAUUUUUCAGUUCUAUUUCAAGCGUUAGCAGAGUAUGAGAUUGCCUGCUCUGCUGAAAAUUCAAAUCUGCCAGACUUAAUUUGUGUAAUAACUGGUAAAGGACCUCUGAAAGAAUUCUGGAAUAAAAUUAUUGAAUUGAGGAAAUGGAAGCACGUGAAAAUCAUCACUCCUUGGUUGGAGAAUGAAGAUUACCCGAAAUUGUUAGCUAGUGCAGAUCUGGGCAUUUGCCUUCACACAUCCUCUAGUGGCCUCGAUUUGCCAAUGAAGGUCGUCGAUAUGUUCGGAUGUGGUCUCCCAGUGUGUGCUUACAAUUACCAAUGUUUGAGUGAACUCGUUAAACACGAGGAGAACAGUUUGGUGUUCACUGACUUCAAAGAUCUCUCGGAUCAACUGAUCUACUGGUUCACGAAAUUUCCUAACAAUAUCGAACAACUCGAGAGGGAAUCAAAAUUCCGCGCCGAACUGAAGGCAUUCCAGCAGAUGAGAUGGCACGGUAAUUGGUCAUCGGUAGUUCUCCCCUGCUUCAACUAAUAGAAUCCCUCAACCUCACAUUUUAUAUUAUUUCAAUGCUUUUUGGCAAUGUAAAUACCCGACAUUUUUUUCAUUUUAAGUGUUCGUGAUUUACUACUAAUUAUCGUUCAUAAAUAUUUUAUUUUUGUAUUAUGUUGAUAGCAAAGUGAUGAAACGUAAUGAUUAGAUCAAAAAAAUAAUUUUUUGAAGAAAAUUGCUUUUUCUCCCAAUCAAUACUCAUCACUUGACUCUGUUCAUACACUCGCUAAGCCUUGAAAUUUCUCAUCCAAAAAAAAUUGAUUAUUUCUUCUCGUGAAAUAAAGAAAAAAUUAAAGACA